CCGGACAAUAUACCCCUCAUCUUUUCUUCUUCUUCUUCUUCUUCUUCUUCUUCUUCUUCUUCUUCUUCUUCUUCUUCUUCUUCUUCUUCUUCUUCUUCAUUUUUUCCCUGUUUAUGCAAGUCAUCGAAUUUCCUUCCCGGCGCCACCGUAUCAUCGUUGUCUUCAUCGCCAUUUACUGGUUUGGAGAAGCUAGCACACACAUAUGUCUUCUUCUUCUGGGGCUGUUCACCAUAUCUCUCAGCCUUGCAUCUAUGGUUCUGGGCAGCUUGUUCCAUCCUAUGCAGAAAGAAAAUCCCGGUUCAUGAAAUGGCUCGGUAAGGUUUUCAAUGGUGGUUCCAGUCGUCAUGGGGUAACUAAUCGGAGGCUCGGGGAGGAAAACAGGGCGGUCUUGCGUGCGCCAAGCAGAUCCAUGGAUGACCGUUCUAGACCUGAUAACGAGGAUGGGACUGCACUUUCUCUUAAUGAAAAUUUAAAGAAACCAAAUGGAUACAGAAGGUCUACUGACCAUGACGGGGAGCUCGCUAGACAACUUCAGGAGAGUUUAAAUAAGUCUUCAUAUCCACGUGCUCAGCCUCAAUAUUUCCCGGGAGGAUAUAGAUUUUGUGGUGGUUGCAACCGCGAAAUUGGGUCUUCUAAUUAUUUAGGAUGCAUGGGUGCCUUUUGGCACCCUGAGUGUUUCUGUUGCCGCGCUUGUAGUCAGCCAAUAACCGAGAAUGAGUUUUCUUUGUCAGGGAGGAACCCAUACCACAAGUCCUGUUUCAAAGAGUUGCACCAUCCAAAGUGUGAAGUCUGCCAUCAAUUUAUCCCAACAAAUGGAGCUGGUUUAAUCGAGUACAGAUCUCACCCAUAUUGGAAACAAAAAUAUUGUCCUUCACAUGAACACGAUUGCACUGCUCGUUGCUGCAGUUGUGAACGGUUAGAGUCAUGGAAUACGAGAUACAUUUCUUUGGGAGACGGACGAAAUCUAUGCCUAGAAUGUAUGGAGUCUGCUAUAAUGGAUACCGGUGACUGCCAAUCGCUUUACCAUGCAAUCAGAGACUACUACGAAGGAAUGUAUAUGAAACUUGAUCAGCAGAUACCAAUGCUUCUGGUUGAGCGACACGCACUCAAUGAAGCGAUAGAGGGGGAAAAGAAUGGUUAUCAUCAUAUGCCAGAGACAAGGGGUUUAUGUCUUUCCGAGGAGCAGACUGUCAGCAGUAUAUUUAGAAGGCCAAAACUGGGGAACAACAGAUUUACUGGAAUGCGAACGCAGCAACAAAAGCUUACACGGAGAUGUGAGGUUACAGCCAUUCUGGUUCUUUAUGGCCUACCAAGGUUACUCACAGGUUCUAUUCUUGCGCACGAACUAAUGCAUGGAUGGUUGCGCCUAAAAGGUUACCGGAAUUUGAGCCCUGAGGUAGAGGAAGGCAUCUGUCAGGUGCUCUCUUACAUGUGGCUCGAGUCAGAAGUCUUGCCAGGUUCAAUAAACAUGGCAUCUACGUCUACGUCUACAGCUUCUUCCUCCUCUUCAUCAUCAAAAAAAGGAGGAAAAUCCGACCUUGAAAAGAAACUAGGCGAAUUCUUCAUGCAUCUAAUUGCGCAUGACACAUCCACGGCCUACGGAGAAGGUUUUAGAGCUGGUAAUGCAGCAGUGAACCGGUAUGGGCUUAGAAGAACGCUAGACCAUAUUCGCCUAACGGGGAACUUUCCCAUGUAACAAACCAGUCAUCGUGUUCAUCAGCUUCUUCUUUACUUUUCUCUUUUGAAAAUUAUGCACUUAUUCGCCUUAUAAGGAUUGAGCUAAUCAUGGAAUUGCUUGAAUUACCAUCCCCUAGAUAUUUUUUUUCUUACAGGGUUGUCCUUCUGGGUGCACUAAAUUUAUUUAAAUACAGAUUUUAAAAUGUAAUAAAUAUUGAUGCUUAAACAUAAUACUGAAUCUUUCAAUGAA